AUGGACCAGCCGCAAGAGAUCGGCGGCGCCCGUGCCCUCAUGCUGCUAACCCGCAAAGAAGACGACCUCGACGUCGAGGCAGCGGUGAUGAAGCUCGUCGGCGGCACCUUGGACGCCCUGGCAAAGCGCCACGUCCCCACCAUGGACUGGGACGACUAUCUCGACACCAGUGGCACCGACGCUACCGCCGACACUCCCUUUGAGCCGUUUCCUAAACGGUUCCGCCACCAGCCAGUGUCCGACGACGACGACAACCUCGCUACCCUUGAAGAACUUGAGCGCCGAGAAGCGCUUGUUGACGAGGCCCUCCUCGCCGCCUCCCACACCUUGCGUGGCUCUGAUGGUAGUGCCCCACUGGCGCUGUCGUCUCCCGAAACUAUGGAUGGAGCACCUCCGUCACCGCUACUGAAUGCGGCUAUCAGCGCCGCCGCCGCCGCCACCAGUCGUCACCAGCGCCACGCCGUUGAGGAAUUUGACCCUGUGGACUUACACCGCCGGUUUCACCACAUCACCAGCAGCGAGCUGUUGGUGGUAGAAGCGGCAGCGAUGGCGUGCAACUGGUAUAACCUGACUCCCGAAGGUAAGCGCCAGCCGGCGCUGCUAAAUGGGCCUCGUAUCCGCAUUGGGCCUCGCAAGUUUACCGAACCAGAAAUCGCUGCUGUUGACCAUUUCAUCGCUGGCUACUGCUAUCUUAAGCGGAUGACGCGAGAAGAAGUGUGUGAACGGAUCUGGCAAAACCAGCGGAAAAAGGAUAAGUUCUGGGAGCAAUUGACUCGAGUAUUGCCCUAUCGACUGCGAGCACUGACCUACAAACAUAUCAAGCGCCAGUACCAUGUAUUUGAAGUAAGAGCGCAGUGGACUAAGGAAGAUGACGACACUCUACGCCACUUAGCCCAAGUGCACGCCGGCAAGUGGUGUCGGAUAGGGACACUCAUGCACCGCAUGCCCGAAGACUGCCGCGACCGCUGGCGCAACUACGUCAAGUGUGGCGACAACCGGCUGUCCCAUAAGUGGCUGGCCGAGGAAGAGCGCCAGUUGGUGCAAAUUGUCACCGACUACUUGCGUGAGGCAACCACAGCGUCGACGACACUGCCUGAAGGCGCUGAUGGCGCUGAUGGUGCCGAACAGAGCGCAAUGUCACCACCAACACCUAUCACUGGCGCCAUUGUUGACGCUCCCAUCAAGAUCAACUGGACUUUAGUGUCUGAUUUGAUGGAGGGGAAGCGUAGUCGCAUCCAGUGCCGUUAUAAGUGGAAUAAGCUCAUCAAGAAGCAAGGAUCAAUGCGCCCUGAGGUGAUGGACGUGGCUACGAAACAGUGGGUGGUGAGCCAAGUGCUCAACCAGCAGCCAGCGACGCUUGAAGACGUCGACUGGACGGCGAUUACUGAGGCGUUCGCCGCGUGGCCCGAGCGUGUAGGCCAGUGGGGGUGGAAGGAGAUGAAGCUGGCGGUGACGGCAUUAGUGGAACCCAGUGACAGCGGUAACACCUCGCUGUCACCCUCAGUCGCGGGCGACGACCUUAUGAAGGCGCUUCGACGGGCGCUGGUAGCGCUCCGACGCCUUCGAGGGACGCCCCAUCUGGUGGAAUACACCCUCUUCCGCGACGAGUAG